AUGAGAUCCCUCCUCUCACGGCGCCGUGUCGCCCGGCAACCAAGAACAGGUGCUUCUACAUUACUUAAAUCUUUUCUAACAGUCUCCUCGCUCGCAUCAAUACCGGUUUCGCACGCCAUUAAUUUUACCUCCGUACCUGACUCCUUCCUCGACCUGGACAUAGCAUCACUGGGUCGGGUUGGCUUUGCUGGCGACUUCGCGGGUUUAUCGCUCUACCAGUUCGAGGGCCAGGACGAGGACCCAUUCAGGACAAAUGGCAGCGAGGGGCUGCUGGCUCGCCUGCCAAAUGGAGUUCUCACAACCGUCGUCCAGGCCGACGCCUCCAUCCAAUCCAUGUGUAACUAUGUCGCCGAUGGAGUCCCACAGGGCGUCAUAAUAGCUGGAAACUUCACCAGCCUAGGCGACCGCGAGUCCACCGGUAUCGCCCUCUUUAACCCCAACACCACCGAAGUCAGGCAGCUGCCUGGCAUACAGGGCUCCGUCAACGCUGUUCUCUGCGACAACGAUACGGUCUAUGUCGGGGGCAACUUUAUGGGCAUUGAGAAUUCUACAAAUGCUGUCUCGUGGGCUACCGGGACCGGCUUCACAGCCCUGCCUUUUGCUGGCUUCAACGGCCCCGUCUUGUCCAUCGCAAAAGCAUCAAACGGUCACAUCAUCUUCGGCGGAAGCUUCACCGGGCUAGGCAACGCGAGCACGCCUAGCACGCCAGACGAGCAGGUCAUCAACCUCUCCACAGCAAACCUCACCUCCGGCAGCACGACGACAACCACUGGCUUUGAUCAGCCCAGCAAUAUCGUUUGCAAGACCAGCGGCGACGACGGAGCGGGCAACACGUGGCUGCUUGCGGACAAUACGGCUGGAUUUUGGCAGGCGAACAUGGGCUUUGGCUAUCGGCCGACAAAGCUGCGCCUGUAUAACACACAUCAGGAUGGCCGAGGGACCAAGACGUGGCGCUUCACGGCCCUGCCUAUCAAUGGCAUCAUGAACCUCACCUACAUCGAUCCCGAAACCAAACAGAAUCUUACCUGCACCAGCGAGUGUCCACUAAGCAGCGACACCAACGUUACCUUUCAGGAGUUCCAUUUCGUCAACGUCAUAGGAAUGAACGCUUUCCGAAUCGACGUUUCGGACUGGUACGGAAGUGGCGGUGGCCUGAACGGCAUUGAGUUGUUUCAAGAUGACAUCUUUUCAUUCGCCGUCAGUGACUUCAACGAGCCGUCCUGCGCAGGCAUCUCCACCGCCUCGAAUGCCACCCAGACGGGCCCUUGGACUGUCUCGUCGACGUUUGCCAACAGCUCCCGGUAUCUGACUGCUCAGCUUUCGAGUCCCAUCACCACGGACUCGGCUUCUGUUGUGUUCUUCCCGGACAUUAGAGAGUCUGGCUACUACACCGUCAACAUGUACACGCCCGGUUGCCUGCAAGACGACACGUGUGACUCACGUGGUCAGGUCCAUCUCAGUGGCACUAUGUCACCCACGACAGGUACGAAUGGCUCUAUCAGCACCUCGCUCUUUCAAACGAACAACUUCGACAAGUAUGACCCCAUCUAUUACGGAUACGUGGACGCGACGUCGAGCUCGUUCCGGCCCGCCGUGACCUUGACCCCCGCGAGCGGCCAGUCCCUCUCGCAGCAGACCAUCGUGGCUCAAAGAGUUGGUUUUGUCUUGUACAACACCACCGGAGGCCUCAACGGACUGUUUGAAUACGACCCGUCCGUCACCAGCUUUAACUCCUCCGACUUCCAGAACUCGGUCUACGACAAGCUGGGGAUGAACUUUUCCACCGGAUCCGCCGUUAAUGCGCUGGCCACUUCGGGCACCGUAACAUUUAUCGGAGGCAAUUUCACCUCCUCAGCUUCGAGCAACAUUGUGUCGAUUGAUCAACAGGAUUCUUCAGUGCGGUCCCUCGAUGGUGGUCUCGAUGGGUUCGUCGCUUCUAUGCACGUCAACGGCACCAAGCUCUUCGUGGGAGGGUCCUUCAAUAACACUCAGACUAAUGACGCAUCUGGUCUUGCCAACAUCGCGGUUUUCGAUACCUCAUCCAACACGUGGAGCGCCCUAGGCUCUGGUGUCAACGGCCCAGUAUCGGCGGUGGUUCCUUUGACGAUGAACAUAUCCGGCACCACCGAGGAGGUUGUCAGCUUUACCGGAAAUUUCAGCCAGCUCAACGCAUUUGAAGGCAACCAAGCCGUAUUGACCGACGGCUUCGGGGUCUGGGUACCAAGCCAAGGGAACUGGCUGGUGAACCUGGAUGGACCUGUGGAAUAUUUGGACGGCAUGCUGACUACCUCCGUUCUCGACGUGACCGGAAGCAACCCUCUCUAUGCUGGUACAGUCGUAUCAUCGACCCUCGGAGCCGUUGGAGCAGCUAGUUUGAGUGGAUCGGAACCUGAUUUUGGCCUCGACGACUUUGGUGCUCGGAUCCAACGCAACUCAUCCUCGGCCUUUUCUUCAUUAAAGCGGGACAUUCUCAACGGCAGCGCGUCUGGGGUCAUCGAUGGAGCCUUCUUGAACAAGGACGACCUCAACAUCACUGUGCUUGCAGGGCGGUUCACUCUCACAGGAAGCAACGGAUCCACCAUUCACAACGUCGCCAUUGUGAACAGCACUGAUGGCGACAACGCUACCAUCACUGGCUUCGCCUCUGGUAUCUCUCAGGAUUCGACAUUCGUUGCGGUUGCCAUUCAAGACUCCAAGGUUUUUGCUGGUGGCAACGUGACUGGCCUCGUCAGCGGGACCAAUGUUAGCGGCUUGGUGUCAUUUGAUCUGAAGGCAAACGACUAUGGCUCACAGCCUCCGGCCCUGGAAGGCGGCAGCGCCACGGUCAGCGCCAUCGCUGUUCGCCCGAAUAGCGGCGACGUAUUUGUCGGUGGAUCGUUCACCUCGGCAGGCUCCCUUGGCUGUCCAGCAGUCUGCUCUUUCAGCUCUUCCUCGGCUCAGUGGACUCGCCCGGGCAACAACUUGUUGGGGGAGGCUAGGGCCAUGGCAUGGGUGACUGAUGAGCUCCUCGUUGCGGGAGGAAACUUCAGUGUUAACGGCUCCACGAGCUACCUGGUCUCUUACACAUCAGGCGCACAGUCCUGGGAAAACUAUCCUGGCGGCACCCAACUUCCCGGCCCUGUGGAUGUUAUCGUCGCUGGCUCUGCUAAAGGCGACCAGGUGUGGAUCACGGGCACUGCAACCAACGGAUCCAUCUACUUGAUGAAGUAUGACGGGUCCAAUUGGAAGUCGGCUGGUCAGCCGUUCGAGGCCGGAACAGAUAUCCGGUCGCUACAAGUAUUUACUCUCACUGAGUCGAAGGGCUCCUCGGACCUGCUCGACGACACGAUGUCGUUGAUGCUGACCGGGCACAUCGUGAUCCCCGCCUUCGGCAGCGCAAGUGCCGCUCUAUUCAACGGGACUGCACUGACCCCCUUCGCCUUGACCACUAAGGCUGGAAACACCGCGGGCACUAUUUCCCGGGUAUUUGUUGAGAAGACAAAUUUCUUCAGCAGCAGCAGCAGCGGCAGUCUCCCAAUAUACGCCAUUGUGCUCAUCGGCCUAGCCAUCGCCCUCGGCCUGACCCUUCUCAUUGUCGUCGCUGGUAUGGCCAUGGAACGACUAAGGAAGAAGCGAGAGGGAUACCAACCGGCUCCAACAUCCAUGUUCGAUCGCGGUAGUGGUAUGCAAAGAAUACCUCCUCAUGAGCUGCUCGAAUCAUUAGGCAAAGGACGACCUGGCGCACCACAUGUGUGA